ACUCCACCACCAUGUCGUACCUCGCCAGAAGACCGUCAGGCCUCCAGGCGCUCAGGUCCUACUCCCGUAGCUUGUCUUCCACGUCCAUCCCCAUAACACAGGACCUCAUACAAGACACGGAGGCCCCAGCACUGGUGGGAUCAAAGGCAUCCAAAGUCAAGCACAUAUUGUCCCAAAUUGCAUCCGAGACGUACCUUUCGUCGUUGAGUGUCAAGUCCCUCAGCUUGAGCCAGUCAUCUUGUGUCUCUUCUGUCCAAAACCACGUCAUCAAGCGAGAACUCUACAAGCUUGUGGAGAACCAGUCAUAUUCCACCUUGAUGGAUGUUUUACUACAAUGGUCAGUUUCUUCGUCCACGCCCAUCACUUCGGUGCUUUCACCAGAAGAAAUCUCGUUCUUGAUCAAGCAUGUGAUCAACCACCAAAUUUCGCUUAUGCAUCAGUAUACCAUCACCACUCCCGUUCUCAAGGCUGCACAAAACUUGAACUUGACAGACAAGUUGAAGAAGUCCCAGCAAGACCCGAAUUUCGUCCACUCCAGACAGUUGGUGAUGAAAAUCAGAGACUUCUACAGCAACUUGAUCUACUCGAACUCCAGUGAAAGCAUCUACAGUGAGUCUAAGAAGUUGGACCUUUAUGACUCAGACAACUUGACUGGGUACCAGUUGAAGGUCACAGACUACGAAAACUUGAUUUUUAUGGAGCUCCACAACUUGAAGCUCGACUUGGCCUCCAAAUGGUUUCAAAGAUUCGAGGCCCAGUUUGGAGCCGAUUCCAUUGACCACAUGACCUACAGAUUGUGGAUAUUGAAGUUUCAGGUGUAUGCUGGAGGUUCCCCUAGCAACUGGAUCAUUCAGGAGACCGAUUUGGCAAGCUCGAACUACUACAACCCAAGACAAGGUCCUAUAAACUACGAGGUCACAUUUGAAACGUUGUACAAGGAUUUUCUUCGCUACAACCUCCGCCAGAAUUCAAGCAAAAUUGUGAUAAAUAACGAUCUUGUGACCACCUUGAUCUAUUCCAUGGGAUACUCCAAGAACGUCACUGCUCUUGUGAACUAUGUGGAGGCCAAAUGGGGCAUUGGCACAGACGGAAAAUUGGCAGCUGGAUUCACAAAACCAACGCCAGAUGAUCCAAACUACCCAGACAUUUCUAUCGUCAAAUCGGUAAUGAUCUCCUUGGCCUUCAACGGCAAGUUUUUCGACGCAUUAAAAUACAUCAACACAUUCCAGGAUGCCUACAACAUAGACAUCUCUGGACCAUCGUCAAAGUCAUUCUGGCAAGACAUAUUUAAAUGGAGUGAUAUAACCACCCGUUUCGAGUCCAAGAAGGCGUUACAGUACUACUUGCAAAACAUCCAAGGCUCGGACUUGGGUAAGAAGUAUGGCAAGGCCACCCCUAGUCUCAAGGAAGUCCAGAAAAAUGCCAACUUUGAUUAUUCAGGAUACUUGACAUUUGUCAAGGGUAUUCAAAGUGAGCGUCACAACAGUUUCACGGCAUUAUGGGGAUUAUAUCAGCAGAAUAACGGAGUGUUCUCCAGAUACAUUUACAAGAGAUAUCUUGAUUUCAUAAACGAGGAGUUGGAAGUGGAAAAAAUAGAGGAUAACUACUACCAGGUGUUGACCUCCUUAUUAGAGCAAUAUGAGCUGUACAAAAUAUCCAAGUGGUCUUUCAACAAGAGAAAUGCCAACUUGAAUCCAGUCAACUCUGUUGACGAUGCCAUUUACAGCUUGUAUCUCCAUGCCCUCAAGAGGUUCGUGGAUUUCAAGUGUAAGACCCUCAAUGGGGGCCACUGUUUGCCGUUAAUUGCCAAGUGGUCGAUAGACACCAGCAUGAAGGAAGAAUUGACCAAGUGGUUCAAGGAUGAAAAGAACCCGCAAUAUAGAGAAAUGCUUGAAAAGAGAAGGGAAGAAGUGAUAGCAAAGUUGAGUGCCGAGAACGACGGCGAGGAUGACAGGUUUUUGGAUUUGAUAUAGUUGGUAAUGAAGUUAAUGAUAGAGUUAUGAAUAGUGGUGUAGAUAUGUAAGUGAUUGCGUAGGGGCGUAAAGGUAACU